GCUAGCUGGCAGUGUGUCUGUGAUCAAAGCUCUUAUUGUGUGAAUGGGGCUGGGGAUUAGCUGGCUGCAGUGCUCCAGCUGAAUCAUGCAUUGCACACACGGGGAGUGGUGCCCAGACUGUGUAAGAAACAGCUAGAGCCGACCCCGUGCCUCCGUCCGACAGGAAAGGGGUUGGAGGAGAAGAAUGAGAGAGCAGCCAGUCUGCCAGCGCUUGCAGUCGCUGCUAUGAUGGUGGAGGGAGAUCUGCACAUACAUUGUGGGGUUUGGUGUUAACUGCUGUGAGAGGUUCCAGGCGGGGAGACAGACACACACAGAGAGAGAGAAAGAGUGCUGAAGACGGGAGGCGCUGAGGAAGAUCGCAGCAGGAUUGUGGCUUUCGUUUUGUGCUGCAUUUUAACCCAGUGUUCGCAAAGAAAGGAAGGCUGGAAAUCGGCUCGGACCGGGGGUGACGACCAUGGGAAACGCCGGGAGUAUAGAUUCCCAGCACACGGACCUGCGGGCUCACUCCCUGCCCCUGAAACUGCCAAUGCCCGAGCCCGGUGAGCUGGAGGAGAGGUUUGUGGUGGUCCUGAACUCUAUGAAUCUUCCUCCUGAUAAAGCGAGAUUGCUGAGGCAGUACGAUAAUGAGAAGAAGUGGGAGCUCAUUUGUGAUCAGGAAAGAUUUCAAGUGAAAAAUCCUCCACAUACAUACAUUCUGAAAUUGAAAGGUUAUCUUGAUCCAGCUGUAACCAGAAAGAAGUUCAGAAGAAGAGUGCAAGAAUCAACUCAGGUACUGCGAGAACUGGAGAUUUCUCUAAGAACGAACUAUAUUGGUUGGGUGCGUGAGUUUUUGAAUGAAGAGAACCAAGGUCUGGACAUAUUGGUGGAAUACCUUUCAUUUGCACAGUACGCAGUUACAUUUGAUUUUGAAAGUGUGGAAAAUAAUGUGGAGAAUGCAGUGGACAAAUCCAAACCUUGGAGCCGGUCCAUUGAGGACUUACAUCGAGGUAGUAAUCUGCCUUCUCCAGUUGGUAACACCCUGGCCCGCUCUUCCAGGCAUUCAACGUUACGAUUCAACACUUUACCAAGCAGAAGGACGCUGAAGAAUUCUAGAUUAGUGAGCAAGAAAGAUGAUGUUCAUGUCUGCAUCAUGUGCUUGCGUGCAAUCAUGAACUAUCAGUAUGGCUUUAACAUGGUCAUGUCACAUCCACAUGCUGUUAAUGAAAUUGCUCUGAGUCUGAACAAUAAGAAUCCUAGGACAAAGGCUCUUGUCUUGGAACUUCUAGCAGCUGUUUGUCUUGUCAGAGGAGGACAUGAAAUAAUCUUAUUAGCAUUUGAUAAUUUCAAAGAGGUGUGUGGUGAAAAGCACCGUUUUGAAAAGCUAAUGGAACAUUUCCGAAACGAAGACAAUAACAUUGACUUCAUGGUGGCCUGUAUGCAGUUUAUUAACAUUGUAGUCCAUUCUGUAGAGGAUAUGAAUUUCCGAGUGCAUCUCCAAUAUGAGUUCACCAAACUAGGACUGGAUGAAUACCUGGAUAAACUGAAAAAUACGGAGAGUGACAAACUGCAGGUGCAAAUACAAGCCUACUUGGAUAACGUCUUUGAUGUGGGUGCGCUACUUGAAGAUGCUGAAACCAAGAAUGCUGCCUUAGAGAGAGUAGAAGAACUGGAAGAAAACAUUUCUCAUUUGUCAGAAAAGUUGCAAGAUACUGAAAAUGAAGCAAUGGAAAAAAUUGUGGAACUGGAAAAGCAGUUAAUGCAAAGAAGUAAAGAACUGGAAGUUAUAAGAGAGGUUUACAAAGAUACCAACACCCAGGUACACACACUUCGGAGAAUGAUCAAAGAGAAGGAGGAGACCAUACAAAGACAUAACCACCUAGAGAAAAAGAUCCAUGAAUUGGAGAAGCAGGGGUCUAUCAAAGUCCAGAAGAAAGGAGAUGGUGACAUUGCCAUUGUACCAGUUUUGUCUUCUGCAGCACUGUCCCCAGGGGCUGAGCAAGUAUCUAGCCUUUAUACAGGACCACCACUAGAGGCAUCAGGAUCAAUGUCAUCCCUUCCCCCACCACCUCCAUGCCUGCCAGGUGCAGUACAAAAUGGACCAGUCUCAGUCCAGGCAUCAUCACCACUUCCUCCUCCUCCACCACCACCACCUCCAGCAGCAGAAGCUCCACCUCCUCCUCCACCUCCACCACCACCACCACCACCACCACCACCACCGGCAGCUCCUCCAUUGCCAGGGACAGCCCCGACUCUAAUUUUUAAUCCUGGUUUAGCAGCUGUGAAGAUCAAGAAACCUAUCAAAACGAAAUUCCGUAUGCCAGUCUUUAACUGGGUGGCACUGAAGCCCAAUCAGAUCAAUGGCACUGUCUUCAAUGACAUUGAUGAUGAGAGAAUUCUUGAGGAACUGAACGUGGAUGAAUUUGAAGAAAUAUUUAAAACAAAAGCCCAAGGGCCAGCCGUGGAUGUAGUCUCUAAUAGACAAAAGGUGAUUCAAAGGGGGUCGAACAAAGUAACGUUGCUGGAUCCCAACAGAGCCAAGAACCUUGCCAUCACAUUGCGAAAGGCUGGAAAAACCACUGAUGAAAUAUGCAGAGCUAUCCAGAUGUUUGACUUGAAAACAUUACCUGUAGACUUUGUUGAGUGCCUAAUGAGGUUCUUGCCAACAGAAAAUGAAGUUAAGGUUCUCAGACAGUAUGAAAGAGAGAGAAAACCAUUGGAGAAUCUAACAGAUGAAGACCGGUUUAUGGUGCAGUUCAGUAAGGUUGAAAGACUGAUGCAGAGAAUGACCAUUAUGGCUUUCAUUGGAAACUUUAUAGAGAGCGUUCAGAUGCUGACACCGCAACUCCACGCUAUAAUAGCUGCAUCUGUAUCAAUAAAAGCAUCUCAAAAAUUGAAGAAAAUUCUGGAGAUAAUAUUGGCUCUAGGCAACUACAUGAACAGCAGUAAGAGGGGAGCAGUAUAUGGAUUUAAACUGCAGAGUUUAGACCUGCUUUUAGAUACAAAGUCAACAGAUCGCAAACAAACCUUGUUACAUUACAUUGCAAAUGUUAUCAAGGAGAAGUAUCCUGAUGUAUCCCUCUUCUACAAUGAGCUCCACUAUGUGGAGAAAGCAGCUGCAGUGUCCCUUGAGAAUGUCUUACUGGAUGUUAAAGAGCUCCAAAGAGGCAUGGACCUCACAAAGCGAGAGUACACGAUGCAUGAGCAUAACAUUGUGCUAAAAGAAUUUCUUAAUGCCAAUGAAGGAAAACUGAAAAAAUUGCAGGAGGAUGCAAAAAUAUCACAGGAUGCCUUUGAUGAAGUGGUUAAAUACUUCGGUGAGAAUACAAAGACAACCCCUCCUUCAGUCUUCUUCCCUGUAAUUGUGAGAUUUGUGAAGUCAUACAGGCAAGCUGAUCAGGACAAUGAGCUACGGAAGAAACAGGAACAGGCACUUUUGAAUAAAAUCCUCGAACAGGAAAGUGCAUUGGAACAGCAGGAUGAUAAGUCCCCGUCGCAUAAAACCAAGAGACAACAGCAGGAGUUAAUUGCAGAGCUGAGGAGGAAACAAGUUAGAGAGCACAGACAGGUCUAUGAAGGAAAAGAUGGUGCCAUUGAGGAUAUCAUUACAGCUCUAAAGAAGAAUAAUAUCACUAAAUUUCCAAAUUGUCCCUCGAGGAUCUUAGGAACCAACCGUACAGGCGUGCAGAUGCAUUGAGAAGAAGUGUGAGAAGACGUUUUGAUGAACAAAACUUGCGUUCAGUGAAUAGCACUGAAUUGGCAUUGUGAUGGAGAAGGAAAGUGUUGAGAGUAUGGGUGCGUUUGAAUGAUGUCUGCAUGAUGAAUGCUUUGUUUGUUACCAUGUAACUACCAGACUGGCAUGCUGUUGGAAACAGGGAUGAAGACAAGAGGAGGAAUCACAGGCAAUCUGUGUGGGCUAGCAGAUGUAUUCAGCCCAAGAUAAGUGCCUAAAUGUAAAAUUUCCUCUCAAGCUACACAGCACAAUGUUGCUGCAGUGUAAUUGUUGACAUGACAUAACUGUUGAGUUUUAUUAUAUACAAUAAAUUUUAACAAAGUUGUAAGCUAAAAUUAAGUGUGAUCUCUAAACUGUUUUACAUUUGACAUAAAACUGUUGAAGCCGAGAAAAAUGAGUGGAGAUGCUUGUUGUUCGGUGGAGAUAAGGAAUGAUGCAUGUGGAAUAGCUUGCCAUAAACUGUUGAGGCAGUUUAUGUUUUUUUUGUAUUCAUUUGAUGACUGGACACUGUACUUGCAUUGCACAGUUUUAUAUUGGGCAUGAUCUAAUCGAGGGUGGAAUUUAGUCAUUGAAAUAGAAAAUCAACAUUUGAGCAUUGGUGAAUACUUCAUAAAUGAUCAACAGAUACAGUACUAUCUUGUAUCAAAAGAAAUUGAAUGCAUUGUGAGGAUAAACCUUGUAGAUAUGACUAAGGUAUUAACCCCUAACUAAACAGUAUUAAGCGUCUAAAUAGAAAUGUUACUGGACACAGAAGGUGUAAAAUUGUACAUUAACAAGUAGAAAUUCAUGUACUUUUCUGAAUAUGUACCCAUUUGGCUUAUUUUAAUGUCCUUGGUUGCAUUGCCUCACCAUGUUGAUUGUAAAGUUUAUUGUAUAGUAUUUAACCACUGAACUCCGUUUGCAUUUGGCUCCUGUGACCCACUUGUGACUGGCAUUUUUAUUUUGUUUCGAACAAUGUGUAGUUAUAUUUAGAUAAAGCUGUUCUAAAUGUACAGAUAUUUUGCUAGGAAAUCAGUGCAUUUUUAUGGUUUUUUACAGUUUUAUUCACUCAAUAGCCUCUGGGUAAUAUUGUACAUAUUGUUUAAAAAUAUUGCAGCAGCCUGUGCUAUACAAUUUGAAUGUUAUUUUAACUUAUAGUUCUGUUUUUAUAUUUAACUGACAGUGACCAAGGCUUGGUUCCUCUUUAUCAGAUUAACUUUGGCAUACAAUUUCACUGCAAACAUAGUUUUAAAAGUCAUAUGCUUUAUAUCAUUUUUACAUGGUGUGUGAAUGGUGCAUAGAACAUGCCAAGAUUGUGUAUUUUGUUCACUGGCAAGUAAACAAAAAUGUUGAUAAGAAAAGUGCAGCGUUCAGUUUUUGGCAACAUCUUGAGUCAACUGACCAUUAACUUUAAGUUAAUACAUGCAGCAAAAUUGCAGAUUGUGGUAAAAGAAUUCUAUGUUGCCCUGGAUCAGUGACUGAAAUGUUGGCAUGUUCUGCUCAUGUACUAUAGUUUCCUGCUUGUUGGCCAAAUAGAACUGUUUUAUAUAUUAAAAAAAACUAUUAAACUAGAACCCAGAUUUGUUAA